AUGAGGCAGCGCGGCCGCUGCCGUCGGGGCAGAGGACUCCAGGAGCCGGGCAGCUCGCUCGCACGGUCCUCUGGCCAAACUUCGGCCCCUCGCAUGCCCGCCCUAGCUGGCACUGCCGCCCUCCGCCUCGAUCCUCGAGAUCGCGAGUCGGGGCAGCGAGCGCCCACGUCUAGGCGGGCUGAGUCGUCGCGGGACUUCUGUACCUGUGGUGUUGAAAGGAUCGUUGACAAAAGGAAAAACAAAAAAGGGAAGACGGAGUAUCUGGUUCGGUGGAAGGGCUACGACAGCGAGGAUGACACGUGGGAGCCCGAGCUGCACCUUCUCAACUGCGAGGAGUACAUCCACGAUUUCAACAGACGCCACACGGAGAAGCAGAGGGAAAGCACACUGACCAGGACCAACAGGGCCUCCCCCAACAACGCUCGGAAACAGAUUUCCAGGUCCACCAACAGCAGCUUUUCUAAGACCUCCCCUAAGUCGUUAGUGCUUGGCAAAGACCACGAGUCCAAAAACAGUCAGCUGUUUGCUGCCAGCCAGAAGUUCAGGAGAAACACAGCUUCAUCUCUCGCAAGCCGGAAGAACAUGGACCUGGCCAAGUCCGGUAUCAAGAUUCUUGUGCCUAAGAGCCCCAUUAAGAGCAGGACCGCGGUGGACGGCUUUCAAAACGAGAGCCCAGAAAAACUGGAUUCCAUCGAGCAGGGUCCAGAGGAUACAGUGGCGCCCGAAGUGGCUGCAGAAAAGCCCGUGGGAGCUUUACUGGGGCCUGGUGCAGAGCGAGCGAGGAUGGGGAGCAGACCCCGAAUACACCCACUAGUGCCUCAGGUGCCUGGGCCUGUGACUCAAGCCAUGACCACGGGCUUGGCCGUUAACGGGAAAGGUACCUCUCCGUUCAUGGACGCAUUAACAGCCAACGGGACAACCAACAUACAGACAUCCGUCACAGGAGUGACCGCCGGGAAAAGGAAAUUUAUUGAUGACAGACGAGACCAGCCUUUUGACAAGCGAUUGCGUUUCAGUGUGAGGCAAACAGAAAGCGCCUACAGAUACAGAGAUAUUGUCGUCAGGAAGCAGGAUGGCUUCACCCACAUCUUGUUAUCCACAAAAUCAUCCGAGAAUAACUCACUCAAUCCAGAGGUAAUGAAAGAAGUCCAGAGUGCUCUGAACACAGCUGCUGCGGACGACAGCAAGCUCGUGCUACUCAGCGCGGUGGGCAGUGUCUUCUGUUGCGGCCUCGACUUUAUUUAUUUUAUACGGCGUUUAACAGACGACAGGAAAAGAGAAAGCACUAAAAUGGCAGACGCCAUCAGAAACUUCGUGAAUACGUUCAUUCAGUUUAAGAAGCCUAUUAUUGUAGCAGUAAACGGCCCGGCCAUUGGGCUGGGAGCAUCCAUAUUGCCUCUGUGUGACGUGGUUUGGGCUAACGAGAAGGCUUGGUUUCAAACACCCUAUACUACCUUCGGACAGAGUCCAGAUGGCUGUUCCACCGUUAUGUUCCCCAAGAUAAUGGGAGGAGCAUCUGCGAAUGAAAUGUUGCUCAGCGGGCGGAAGCUGACGGCGCAGGAGGCAUGUGGGAAAGGCCUGGUCUCCCAGGUGUUCUGGCCCGGAACCUUCACCCAGGAAGUCAUGGUUCGGAUCAAGGAGCUCGCCUCAUGUAAUCCAGUGGUCCUCGAGGAAUCCAAAGCCCUCGUGCGCUGUAACAUGAAGCUGGAGCUGGAGCAGGCCAAUGAGAGGGAAUGUGAAGUGCUCAAGAAAAUCUGGGGCUCAGCCCAAGGCAUGGACUCCAUGCUCAAAUACUUGCAGAGGAAAAUCGAUGAGUUCUGAUUGGCCGGCCACCUGCUGCGGUCCCUGCCAUUGGAUGGAGCAGGACGGCGGUGGCUCCGAGUCACCCUCAGCUACCCUCACAGCCCGAAGCAGGUUCACCUGUAGCUCACACCAAGCAGGACUGGAAACACCCAAGCUAUUUAUUAUCAAGGAGGCUUAAGUACUGUAACUUUAAAAUAAAUAACUACAAAGUU